CUCCCCAAAAAAUUCGUUAGCUAGCGUCGAUAAGCCGCGAAAGUACCGGAACAAUCCUCUAUUUGCUGUAAGUACCAAACACGUCCCUUCCCCCUCGUCGCAGAACAUUUACGUGUAAAAAUUUCUCGGUAUACAGAGUACUUAAGGCUCCCACAAAUCACAUCCCUUAAUUCUUUCCUUGAAUUCCGAUCGCAUAUCAAACCUCGCAGCAAGUAAGACGUCGAUGAUCCCAAGCUUCUUCGGCAACCGACAAGGCAACAGCAUCUUCGAUCCCUUCUCUCUCGACCCCUUCAGAAACUUUCCAUUCUCCGAAUUUUCGCAGGAAAAUUCCGCAAUCGCCAACGUCCGCGUGGACUGGAAGGAAACUCCGGAUGCUCACUUGUUCAAGGCCGAUCUACCGGGGAUGAAGAAGGAGGAAGUGAAGCUGGAGAUCGAGGACGACAGAGUUCUGCAGAUUAGCGGAGAGAGAAAUGUGGAGAAGGAGGAGAAGAACGAUACUUGGCACAGGGUUAAGCGCAGCAGCGGGAAGUUCAUGAGAAGGUUUAGGCUGCCGGAAAACGCGAAGAUGGAUCAAGUGAAAGCUUCCAUGGAGAACGGAGUUCUGACUGUCACGAUUCCGAAAGAGGAAGUGCAGAAGCCGGAAAUCAAGUCUAUUGAUAUCUCUGGUUAGAAUUUAGUGCCUAUAUUGUGAAUCAGUCAUGUAGUAGGGUGUGUGUUUGAUGUUAUUGAGUGUCUAAACCUUGGUUCGUGAUGUAAUUGCUUUGUUUACAUUACAAUUUAGUGAGGAUUUUGAGGGUUUUGUUGAAUUGUUUGUGCAUUUAUGUUUGUACCCUGUCCUGAACCGUAAUAAGAUUUCAGAAAAUAAUAAAAAUUCUUGAUUGA